UCUAUUACAUUUUAAAAGAAGUCAAAUAUUUAUAUUCGAAAAAUGUUAAAAUCAAAUCAUGCCUUCAUAAAAUUAUUAGAGCGCGGAAUUUCGUUCCGUAUCGUAUUCCGUACCGUACUACCGAUACGGAAUACCGAUAAAUACCGAAAAAUACGGCCGUAUGAUAUUGUUGUUUAUGUUCCUAAGAAGCUUCACAAUAAAUUCGAGCCUUCAUUCUUCCAUUAUGACGGCAAUUAUGAUACUGACAAAAUCAAGAACUUUUUGGUUCAAGAAACGAAUGGACUUUGCGCGAUUCGUACACAAGGCAACCUCUUCCAAUUUACACAGCGUCCACAUAUUGUUGUCUAUUACAACGUUGAUUAUGCCAGAGAUCCUAAAGGCUCGAAUUACUGGCGCAAUCGUGUGUUAAAGGUUGCACAAGACUACAAACGAAAAGCAUUCUUUGCUGUCAGCAACAAAGACGAAUUUUCUAAUGAAAUUGAACAGAAUGGUCUUGCUGACAGAAAAGAAAGUGAUAAACCUUUGGUUGCUGCUUUUACGGAUGAUGGGAAAUAUCCCAUGAAUAAGGAAUUUAGUGUUGAAAACUUGAAGCAAUUUGUUGAUGAUCUCUUGGCCAACAAGCUUGAGCCGUACAUGAAGAGCGAACCAGUGCCUGCAGAACAAGGCGAUCUGAAAGUUGUAGUUGCUAAGAACUUCAAGGAGUUGGUGACAGAUUCUGACAAGGAUGUCUUGAUUGAAUUUUAUGCUCCUUGGUGUGGUCAUUGUAAGAGUCUCGCUCCCAAAUAUGAACAACUUGCUGAAAAGAUGGCCAAAGAGGAUGUGGUCAUUGCCAAGUGUGACGCAACAGCAAAUGAUGUUCCACCGAGAUUCGAUGUCAAAGGAUUUCCUACCAUCUUUUGGGUUCCAAAGAAUGACAAAGAGAAUCCCGUACCCUACCAAGGCGGACGUGAAGUGAAUGACUUUAUCAAGUUCAUUGCUGAACAUGCAACAGAUCCAUUGAAAGGCUAUGGACGUGAUGGCAAGAAGAAGAAAGCAAAGAAGGCCGAUGAUAAGAAGCCGAGCGAUGAACUUUAA